CAAGGAGAGAACGAUUUCUACGAUGAUCAUUUACAGAACAGCGUCUACCGCUUUAAAAAGCUUCAGUGCUAUUCACAACCCGCGAACUUCGAGCAGCUAUAUACGCUUAUCCCAUAAAAGAACAUGAGCCAUGAAAAUUUUACUUCCGCUUUUUCCCAAUAAAAUACAUUUUUUUUUGUGGUGAUUUUAUUAUUUAUCAUGUGCUUGUGAUUCCAUCAUUACUUCAUCUGUGAAGUUCAUCAAUCAUCACCAAUCACCAUCAAAACAUCCAAACUGCUUCAUUUAUGUAAAAGGGCAAUGCACGCUGCGAUAGAAAGGAACUCAUGGCGUCUACCGCCCGAAGAUAUUGUGCAGGUCGCCGAUCCUCGAUCCAAAAAAGCCCAGCCUUCGGCGAUGGAGGAGGACCUGGUGUACCCGGGACAGCAGGAGGGCCGCAACUGGCGCAGCAUCAUCUUCUCUCUGCUGGUGAUCAGCCUGGUGAUAGCGGGCAUCGUGACGGCCAUCUACACGCUGGGCUACGUGGACGAGCUGCUGUACUGGAGUGGCCGCCGCAUGACUCUCGACGAGUUUGUGCAGGCGGACCUGUGCCCCGAGCGCCUGCCGCCCGCCUGGGUGUCGCACAACCACUUCGUCUUUCAGACUGACGACGGCGCCAUCGCCGCCUACGAUGUGCGAUACAACAACGUCACGCAGCUCGUCUCCAAUCAUACGGUGAGGCAGUUGAGUGUAAAAUGGUUCCAUUGUUCAAGUGAUCUACGCUUCAUUCUUCUACGACAUAAUGUCAAGCAAGUAUUCCGAAACUCUUUCACCGCUCAUUACACCAUUUAUGAUGUUACAAAUGACCACCAUAUUCCAGUGCGACUGAGCGACUCGCCGAAGGUGCAGCAGACGCAGCUGCAGCUGGCGCGCUGGUGCGGCAACACAACGUCGCUGGUCAUGGUCUUCGAGAACGACAUCUAUGUGCGCUUCUCACCGAUGAGUGCCGUCGACCACCGCCUCACCUGGGACGGCCACGCCGGCCUUGUCUACAACGGCAUUCCCGACUGGUUGUACCAAGAGGAAAUCUUCGUGCCAUCUCCUGAAGAGGCUUUGUGGUGUUCGCCCGACGGUUCGCACAUUCUGUACGCGAGUUUCAACGACAGCGACGUGCGGACGUUCACGCACCCGUGGUUCGGCUUCGAGGCGAACAUCGCGCCACCGGAGAACGGCGGACUCUUCCCAGCAUCCAGGACCGUCCGGUACCCAACACCUGGGACACCAAACCCUCAAGUGAGAUUGUCAGUUAUCAAUGUAACAAAUACUUCUUUCCCUAUCAGUCUUGUCAACCCACCUGAAGUGUUCAGUGAACAGGAUUACUACUUGAUAUCUGCAGGCUGGGUGAAUCAUGAUAAUAAACAGAUAUCUGCAGUAUGGAUGAAUAGACCACAGAACCUGAGCAUCAUCAGUAAUUGCCAGUACCCAUUGACUAAGCAGAAUCACUCGAGCUGGCAGUGUGUUGAGACACACGCGGAACGAGCACAAGAAGAUGCCUGGCUGCAGAUUCAGCCGCACCCUGUCUUCUCCACCGACGGAGACAGUUUCCUGCUGCUAGGAGCCGUACAAGAAGGAGAUCAAGAUGUGUUCACGCACAUAAAGCACAUCACUCUCAAACAGCAGCGAAUAGCUGUACUCUCUCAUGGCCGGUAUCAGGUUGUCAAAAUUCUCGGCUGGGACUCCAUCAACCAUUUAGUUUACUACUUGGGAACGCACGAGUCGAAGCCUGGCCAACGUCACUUGUACGUGGUGCGUGACCCGGCCACAGACGAGCCGCUCCACGUCGAGCCUGAGUGCCUCACUUGCAAUAUCCAUCGUUACCUAUGGUCCAGUAAAAACACCUACACCAAUUGUAGUCAUUUCAACGCUUUUGUAAAUCCUCGUCUCUACGGUGAUUCAGUUGGAAUGAGUCACUACGUGCUUCUGUGUGAGGGGUCGGGAGUUCCCCUAGCCGGGGUGCACUCGACCACCGACCAUCACCUCCUCAAGACGCUGUUCAACAGCAACCCGCAGUGCGGACCCAAACUCGACCGGCUGGCUCUACCCAAGAUGCGAAGCUUCGAGGUGCCUUUGCCGCAAGGCCAUCGGGCGCAGGUCCAACUGCUUCUGCCUCCGUCGUGGCGCGAAGAGCUCAGAGACGCUGCUUAUCCUGUUCUCGUCGAAGUAAAUGGGCGACCCGGCAGUCAAUCAGUGACUGAUAAAUUCACUGUUGAUUGGGGAACGUACAUGUCUAGUAAAAAAGAUGUAGUUUAUGUCAAAUUAGAUGUAAGGGGUUCUGCAGCACAAGGAACACACACGUUAUCAAGAAAACUUGGAGGUGUUGAGGUUCAAGAUCAAAUAACAGUUCUCAGGUACCUCCUCGACACCCUCAAGUUUCUUGACAGAACGAGAUUGGGUGUAUGGGGCUGGGGCUAUGGUGGUUAUGUAACCGCUAUGGUCUUGAGCUCUCAACCAAAAAUUUUCAAAUGUGGAAUAGCAGUCUCACCAAUCACAGACUGGCUGUAUUACAAUUCUGCAUUCACGGAAAGAAUUCUUGGCUCUCCAAGCGAAAACUUCAAAGGCUAUGUAGAAGCCGAUGCAACAGAGAAAUCGAAAAACAUACCAAGUGGUUCAUUUUUCAUCAUUCACGGUCUAGCUGAUAUAUCAGCUCCAUAUCAACACAGCGUAGCAUUAGAUCAUGCUCUCACUACUGCUGGAGUUAUGUUCAGGUAUCAGAGCUAUGCAGACCAGGGUCAUGAUUUGCGUGGCGUGAGGGAGCAUGUCUACAGUACGAUGGAGGAGUACUGGACUGAGUGCCUUAGCCUGGAGGAGGAUGAGCAGCGACUAUAGCUGUGGCAGUACUUUUUACUGCCACAAAAUAGAAUUAUUUAGUGGUCAUAAAACAUGGACACCAUUAAAAUUUGCGGCAAUAUUUUUUAAAUGCCAACAAAUGAACUUAAUUCGUUAGUCGAAUCAAACUGUGAGUGAAAAACACUUUGUACAAAAAAAGUAGUCAGUGAUGAUUUAAGUAGAUGACAAUGCUCAGAUGAACGCGAAUAUUGAUAAGCAUUCCAAGAGACAGUUUUUUUAUCAGUUUUUAAUCGAUGUGUCAAAGCGCUUCACAGAUUUGAUCAUAUACUUAGAAGUUAGAGUGGGUCUUUUUUUAAAUCAAAAUUGAACAGACUGGCAUGUAUGUCAUCAUUAUAACAAGUUUUAGAAUCUUGAGAGAUAAAAAGAGUUGAAAAGGUGCGCAAAACAACGUUCAAACAUAUUGAGUACUUUUGAUAUUGUUUCCAUUUAUUUUUACUUU